CAUCUGAUUGACGAUCUUUUCCCCUUUUUUUCCUUUCAGGCUCGUGUGCGGACAAAAACCGUGAAGAAAGCUGCUCGUGUAAUCAUCGAAAAAUACUACACGAAGCUGACGCUUGAUUUCCACACAAACAAACGUGUAUGUGAGGAUAUCGCUAUUCUUCCCAGCAAGAAGCUGAGGAACCGAGUUGCAGGGUUUUUGACUCAUUUGAUGAAACGUAUUCAGCGUGGCCCUGUUCGAGGCAUCUCCAUCAAGCUGCAGGAGGAGGAGAGGGAGAGGAGGGACAACUACGUUCCUGAUAUCUCCGUCCUGGAGCAGAAUGAUGUCAUUGAGGUCGACCCAGACACCAAGGAGAUGUUGAAGAUGCUGGACUUUGCCAACAUCCCGAACCUGCAGGUCACUGCUCCAAUCACCCAGAUGGGAGCGGGCCAGGGAGGUCCCCAGCAGGGCGGCUACGGCGGCAGACAGCAGCGUAAUUGAUUGUAAUAUAACUGACCUGAAUAAAGAGAAAAACUA